AACAAUUUUGUACUUCCCGUUGUUUUAAACAAAUGAAAGUCCCGUUUCAGUCGAGUGGAAAACGCUUAAAAGAAAAGCGAGACGCAUUUCAAAAUCACCUUCUCUCGAGAUAAAAUUAUAUUUGCCUUGCUGAAGCUGACUAAAGAUAACCAAGAAUGCAGCUGUUGAUACUUUUUGUUCUAUUAACAAUUACAGGACUGUCCAGUGCAUGUUCAUGUAUUGAUACAUCGGUACAUGAAAAGUAUUGCAAAGCUGAUUUUGCGGUUCUUGUGAAGGUGCUAAACAAUGGACGUGUUAGUGGUAUGAAUAGAAUCUACAGAAUUAAACUCGAAGCUACAUAUAGAUCGAAUGUGUAUGGAAGUGUGGACAAACGCCAGAUAUUCACUGCAACAAACAGUGCUGCUUGUGGUGUUAUCUUACAACGAGGAUAUUACUAUAUCCUGACAGGGUAUUACCGAACGAUCGACGGAGCAAGAAGAAUGAAAACUGGACUGUGUGACAUACAACAGCGGUUUGACAGGAACCCUAAAAGAUUUUACAGACCGCCGAAUUGUAAUGGGAUCUACUUUCCUAAUCGGAUGUCAACAUAGGUGGUCAGUUUUACGCGAUUUGAUACAGUUGGACACUGCCCUACACCAUUUCUUCCCUCAUUUUGCAAUGUGUAGAGGGGACCUAUUUUAUUUCAUUUUAUAAAUUAGACUAUGAGAGAGAAACCCAUUCAGUCUGUACUUUACACUGAAAAGGUAGCCGAGAAAAAAAAACCUAUUAAAGCGUUGAAUUGUAUUCACCUUUUAAGCUUUUUGUAUAUUUAUUAUAAUUUUAGUACUGUUGACAAGUAUACAUUACAACUGCGUUAUGAGCUAUGAAUUGGUAAAACAUUUUCAUAACUCCUCCAAUGUUCCGUCUAUGUCAAUUUGUUUUGUAUAUAAAUCCUAAAUAAUUUAAUAUAAGUA